AACAAGAAUUUUUCAUUUGAGGCAGUGGAAUCUCAGUGAUGAACAGACCAUAAGGUCUGUAUUUAGUCUCCACCUUGCAGGGUGCAGCUAAACUCAUUCACAAACAACAUAAAUAAACUCCCUGAGUUUACAGCCUUGGCAGCAGGGGUCACUGAGGCAGCUGCUUAGAGCAGAGCCCAGUUUUGGUGGAGUUCUCCUAGGGUUUGAUGGAGUCCAUGGGCUGGAACUCAUCCUGGAGACCACCUGAGGUCAGCUUGUGGGAGAUGAGAUGCGCUGAUAAAUGAGCUAAGUAUGGACAAACCCUAAAUCUUACAUCUCCCCUCUUCAUUGCUUGUGUUCAUAUCUUUUUUUUUUUUCUUUUUGUUAUUUCCCCAGAUGGCUGCGGAUGCUCAGGGGGAUUCUCUCAGAGACAGGAGCUGGCCAUGAUCAGGGAAUCCAUGGAUCAGGCUGCAGGUGGCUGGGAAUGUGGCCGCUCAAACACGCUGGCAGCCUGUAACCUUUGUGCCUGUGCCACCGGGGCUGUUGUUACUCAUCCCAGUCCCACCCACAGGCUUGGCACCGAGCUCUGCUCCUUCCAAAGCCUCCUGGCUCCUUAUCACCUCGAUAAAAGCAGCGUGUGUUUGCACAGAGGUUUGAGUGCUCACAGCUCACCGCCGUCUCUUCUCCCUCACUGCCUGGAGGGGAAAAGGCAGCCACACAAACUGGCUGCAGGGAAGAGGGGGGAUAUCCCUGGAAUACAGAAGUCCCCGGGAUAAAUGGGCCUCCAGAACUGCAAAUCCUGCUCGCUGAAGCAGGCCAACAUCCUGAUGCUGGGGCUGGACUCUGCGGGGAAAUCCACUCUGCUCUACAAGCUCAGGUAUAAAGAUGUUUUCCUAACGAUGCCAACGAUUGGCUUUAAUGUGGAUAUGAUGGAAGCAGGGAAAGAUUUUACGCUGACAUUUUGGGAUGUUGGAGGACAGAAGAAAAUGAGAGAGCUCUGGAGCGAUUUCCUGGAAGGCACAGACGCGCUGCUGUACGUGGUGGACAGCUCUGCCAAGCACCGGCUGGAGGAAUCCAGGAGGGAAUUUGAGCUCAUUUUAAAGAACGAAUCCAUCAAAAACGUCCCUGUGGUCGUGCUGGCCAACAAGCAGGAUUUGCCUGGAGCUCUGAACGCCGAGGAGAUCACCAGGAGGUUCAGGAUGAAGAAGUACUGCAGUGACAGGAACUGGUACGUGCAGCCCUGCUGUGCCAUCACGGGACAAGGGCUGCCAGAAGCUUUCCAGAGAGUGGCCACGUUUGCCAGGCAGUACAGCAAGUCAAAGGAGACUUUCACCACCCUGAAGGAGCUCAGUAGCUUUUAA